AUGUACAAUGAGGAAUCGCUUGAAUCCAAAUUUACAAAUAAAAUAUUUGGUGUUAUAUUCGUAUCACUUAGCUUCGUCAUAAUUGGUCUUUGGGUUUACGUGAUAGUAUUAUCAGAUUUAGAAAUACUUUUCAGCAAUUACGACUGUAAUGGUAACGUUUGUGGCAGUGAAAAAAAUCUCAAACCACUUUUGUUUAUGAAAUUCAACGUUUCAAAGUAUAAAUACUUGCUACACACUAAUUUUGAAGACAAGGUAUUAUCUGUACCUGUUUGUGUUCAAAGAUGUCCGGACCACUACAUAAACUCUUCUAAACGGCUCGCAAAUUUUAUAAACUCAACUGGUGUAUUGUUGUGUGAUCCAAGGAUCCCUCCUCUGCUUUAUGAAUCACAACCGCAUAUAUUCAAUGCAUCAUUAUGUCCAACAUUACCAUUAUAUCCUACUAUACCAAUUGGUGGUGUUUGUAUACCAAUUAAUUUUAUAAAUCAUAGCAAUUUCGCUAAUUUACAAUAUAAUGCCGAUUCAGAAUUCAGUUUAUCAUUAUAUCAAAUAAUAAUAUGUGGUUUAAUGGGAUCAGUUCUUAGUCUUCUAGUCAUUGGUGCUGUACGUUUUGUACCAGUUGGAUUUUGUACAUAUAUAUUUGGUUAUACAAUAUCUGCUUAUUCAUUAUUGAUGAUCUUUUUAAUGGUACGACUAUGGAUACAUAUAAUGAGUUUGAAAUAUGCAUAUUGGUGGAGAAAUGAUGUAUUCAAUCAAAGUCAUUUAUUAAGUCAUAUAACAUUUACAAUUAUUCUACUCAUUUGUUUAUUUAUUUUAAUAUGCAUCAUUUGUUUAAAUUCAUCAUUGAAGAAUUCAACAAGUCAAUGGCAAAGUACAAUACAAUUCAUUAUUGAAGCAUUAUUUGUACUUAUAUCAGAUUGUUUAAAUGAAUUAUAUGGAUUUAUAAUCAUUAUGUUAUUGAUGAUUAUGAUAGGGAAUAGUUUAUUAUGUUUCCUAUCUGUAUAUAGUUUAUUACAUAUCUUUGCUAUGGUUGAACCAAUUCGAUUAAAAUUUACUGGAUGUUUGGAUUUUCGACAAAUUGGUUGGAUACAAUAUGGAUUUUUACCUGUAUAUUUAUUAUAUUCCAUAUGGAUGAUUCGGUUUUAUUCAAGUUUUUGUCAAAUCUUUACAGCAAUAUACAUUUCUAAUUGGUAUCGUUCAAGUGAAUCCACAUACAAAUUGAAGACAAUGAAUCUUAUCAAUCAAAUUCUUCAUACAAUUUUAUAUCAGCUCAUUGGAAGUUUAAGUUUAGCAUCCUUAUUAAGUUAUUUUACAUGGCCAUUACUUCAAUUAUUAUGUUUGUAUAGAAUUCUUAGUUAUACAAUAAAACAUAAAAAUGCAUCAAUCCUAAAAUCGACAUCGAAAUGGGAACAGAAAUUACAAAAUUUUGAAUGGCAAAUUCAUCAUUUAGAUUGUAAUAUAUUUACAUUAAUUAUUAUAGAAAAACAAUCAUUUUACAAAUCAUGGAAACAAUUAAAUUCUAGUUUAGUCAAUAUACAAUCAUUGAAUAAUAUAAUAGAAUUAAUAAGAUGGUCAGAAUUUUUAAUAACCUUAGCUAAAUUAUCUAGUUCAGCUAUAGCAACUAUGUUUGGAUUAAUUUAUUUCUCUGUGAGACCGCCAACAUUAAUUGCAUUUCCUAUUAUAGUAAUUAUCUCAUUUGGAUUUUGUUAUUUUAUUUCAAGUGUUAUACUUGCUACUUUACAACAUAUACUAUCUACAAUUGUCGUUUGUUAUUGUUUACAAGAAUAUAAAUUUGCAGAAGAUGAACUAUUUGGUCGUGAGUCUAAUUUUAUUUUUCGGCAUGAAAAUUUCAAGUGUCAUUUGGUCAAACUACUCAACCCUCCAAAUUCAAAACCUAAUACAUUACGUAAUGGAUGUAUAUCAGAUAAAUUACAUAAUCAAUUAUCUGAUUCAUUUCAAAAUUAUCGUAAUCUUGAUAUACAAUGGAUAGAGAAUUCAGAUGGUGAUUUUAGUGUAAAAGGAUUUUCAUUAAAUCCUCCACUUCCAAAGAAAAAAAUUAUUUGUAUUCAAUAA